AUCGCGCUGUACUUCUCCGCGCACUGGUGCCCCCCCUGCCGCCAAUUCACUCCCAAGCUGGCUGCGACAUAUAAGUCCUUCAAGGAAACACACCCGCGCGCUGCCGACUGGGAGAUCAUCUUUGUGAGCUGGGACACCGACCAAACAUCCUUUGCAGAGUACUACCAAGAGAUGCCCUGGCUGGCGCUGCCCUUCCAGAUGCGGGACAUCGCUGACGAUUUGACCAAGUUGUACAAGGUCAACGGCAUCCCCACGCUGGUCCUGGUGGACGGUGGCACUGGAGAGCUCAUCACCAAGCAGGGUCGUGAGGCCAUCUUGGACGACCCAACAUGUGCAAAAUUUCCUUGGCUCCCUGAACCC